AUGGAACAAAAGUUGAGCCUUUUGAGGAAUAUUGUGGCAUAUGUUCUUUUAUUUGGUAUAUUGGUGACGGUGAUCAGAUUUGCCUACGUUGUCACCACCAUCGGUGAGUCCUGUAAUCUCUACAACUUUUGCUUCUUCAAAAACAAUGUCGCUCCCCAAUCUAAUCCUCACAACCAGCUCUAUGCUAGCAGAGAAUGGGAUAAGGCUAUCCAUUUCUAUUCUUCAAUUUUCCAAGAUAUGAUUUCCAAGGGUUAUCUCUCGCCUCAUUCCAAGUCUCUCUGCGUUGAGGCUCCUAAUGGACAUGAAGUUUUCGCUUUGAAGAAGAUUGGAGUGGAGGACUCCAUUGGGAUUUUCAGGAAAGCGGCUAAACCUUUGGUUAUUAGAGGGGAGGAUGAUCGAAUACCAUUCGAUGAUAAUACAUUUGACUUCAUAUUCUCUGGUGGUGCCCGUAUCGAAAUGUCAGCUCGACCCUUUGAUUUUGCAUCAGAAAUCGUUCGGGCCUUAAAACCUCAAGGGUUUGCAGUGUUCCACGUCAAGGCGAAUGAUACAUAUAGUCUGAAUUCUUUUCUUGAUUUGUUCCAUUCUUGCAAAUUGAUUAAAGUGCUUGACAUUGAUGGCUUCAAUCCAUCAAUGCCAUAUAUUAGAGAAAUUGUAUUGAAAAAAGCGAAUCAUGGGUAUAGAAAGAUACCUGGUGAUGAUUCUAAGAACUGCUCCUUUCAAGCUCAUAAGCAAGAACUAGUCCAGAAGGCGGAGCCAUUGAUUGAGGAAGAGCCCUUGAAGCCAUGGAUUACCUUGAAAAGGAAUAUCAAGAACGUAAAGUACUUUUCAUCCAUGGUUGAUAUAAGUUUCAAGAAUAGGUAUGUUUAUAUUGAUGUUGGGGCUAGGAAUUACGGUUCUAGUAUUGGAAGUUGGUUCAUGAAACAAUAUCCCAAACAGGGUAAAAGCUUUCAUGUCUAUGCUAUUGAGGCUGACAAAGCUUUUCAUAAACAAUAUGCAUCGAAGAAGAAGGCGGUUACGUUGUUACCAUAUGCAGCUUGGGUCAGGAAUGAGACAUUGUCUUUUGAGAUUAACGACGGCCCUGCACAAGAAAAAGUGAAUAAGACUAAGAAUAAAGGCAGAGGGAUGGGCAGAAUUCAACCUGUGAAAUCAAGUAGAGGUGAAUUUAACAGUGAGGUGAAUGAGAUUCAAGGGUUUGAUUUUGCAGAAUGGUUGAAGAGCACUUUUACAAAGAGAGAUUUCGUGGUGAUAAAGAUGGAUGUUGAAGGAACUGAAUUCGACUUGAUUCCAAAGUUGUUUGAAACGGGAGCAAUCUGCCUGAUCGAUGAGAUUUUUCUUGAAUGCCAUUACAAUAGGUGGCAGAGAUGUUGCCCUGGUCAAAGGAGUACAAAAUAUAAAAAGCAUUACCGCCAUUGCUUAGAGCUGUUUACUUCUCUCAGAAAAAAUGGAGUCCUUGUUCAUCAGUGGUGGUAA